AUGAAAAAGAAAUAUCUUUAGAAAUAAUCUAAAUUUAACGAAUAAUUAGAUAUCAAUGUUGGAUUAGGAUUACCAUAAGAAAAAUACGAUGAAAAUGAAUAGUGUUAGUCUUGUAAAUUAACAUUAAAGUAAGAUGAUAGAUAUAUUCCAAUUUUAAUAUCAACAUUUGCAAAGUAGAAUAGAUAUGAUACUAUGCCAAUGGAAUUAUAAAACCUAUUAAAUGCUGAGACUUUGAAUCUAUUCAAUGUGUCAAGUUGCAAGCAUUAGUUUCAUUUUAAAUGUUUAGCAAACUCAUUUAAAACCAAAUUACAUUAAGAAUAUCCAUCAUGGUUGAUAUCUAAUUGCCCUAUUUGUUAAUAGAGUUGCAACUUAUUAUAUCCUAAUUCUUAACUUGAAGUUCAUUUUAAUUUAUUCAUUUAAGAAUUAGAGGCAAUUUUAAUUGAAUUAAAUUUAGAUUUAUAAUUAUCAUUAAAAUAUGAAGGUAGAGAAGAAUUAAUUUUAUUUGAUAUUUUCUAUCAGUUACUUAUUAAUAUUUUAAUCUAAAUGAUAUAAUAAAAGGUAGACUUUUAGAGAUCUGGUAAAGUUUAGAUUUUCUAGCAAUUUAUCAGGAUUUUAAAGCAUCAUUAUAAAAACAUCAAUUAUAAGUAGAAUAUACUGAAAUUUAAGAAAGGAUAAAUAUUUAUAUUGGACAUUAUGAUGUUAAUCGAGAAUUAAGUAAUGUCAGUAAUUAAUAAAAAUGAUUUCGAAUAAGAAAUCUCAAAAAUAUUAUUAUCGUUGCCAAAGCAAAAUGAUGACUUAGUUAAAAUUUUAUUUACUUGUUUCGAAAUAAAAUUUAAUGAUGAACUAUUUUAUGGUGAAUAAAAUGAAAUAUCAUCAAUGUGUAUAACAGAUUUCUAUUAAACCUAAAAAGAAAUAUCCAAUUAAAUAGCCAUACUAUUAGGAAAAAAUUUUGAAACUUUUAGACAUAGAUAUAUUAAGAACUUAUGCAAAAAAUGUGGCUUCUUUGCCACUAAGUAGAAAUAAGGUUAAGAUAUUGCUGUAUGUUUACUUUGUUUAAAAACAUUAUGUUUAGGUUCAUGUAAAAAUUAUAAAAUUGGCAACUUAAGUAUUCAUGCUGAAGAGGAGCACAACUGCCAUUCAGUCUAUGUUUGCUUGAGCUCAGGGAAUGUUGUGAUAACAUCUUAUCCUAUGUCAUAUGUUAAUUGUUUUAGCUUAUUUUAUAACAACUUAGGUUAAGAAAUAAAUUAACUUACAUAUACUAAUCUAGAUUGGGAUAAAUACAAUUUAGAUAUGGAAAAAGUAGAAUAAAUUUCUAAGAUUAUCUUAUAUAAUUAAUAUUAACAAAUUAUAAGAAAUGCAUUAAAUGAUCAAAACAGAAACAGACAGAAUGUUAGAAGGAAUUUAUGA